AUGCAGCUGUUCAGGUCAAUUGCUCUGAUCGCUAUCAUGGCUGGCGUCGGUCUCGGAGCCACAGUCCCACCACCUGUUAUUAAGAGAGCCGACCUCCAGAGCCCCGACGAUGGCGGUUUCGGAGCCUUACUGAUGGAUACCAAUCAGCCCAUGAUACGAUUAUGCAGUUGGCUCGUCGCGCCGGUGACCAUCCCUAAUGUAGAGCUUUUCGUGACUGUGCCGCUUGAAGGAUUGUCAUGUCUCAACCAAAAGAGACGUUUGCAGGCAUUGGAGGUGGCUAUUAAGCAAUCCUCAUAUGCCACCAGUCCAUCAAAGCCAUCGGCUUCCGAAGAUUCAAGGAUGGAAGGUCUCGUUACCCCACUCUAUCGUCAAUCGGAUUUGAUGCUGAAUGCGAACUCGAGCGACAUUUCAAAUUCUGCCCCCACGUCUGACAUACUAGGCGAGGCCUUCGCUCAACCCAAGCCGUGGCCAGUGGCAACAGGUCAGUCAGUGAUACCUGGUCUUGAUGAAUGCCACACAUCAAUCGAGGUCCCGGAUGUGCCAGAGCCAGGGAGCCUUCCGCACAUUAGAACGCCUCUCCACAUCGCGAUCCAGAACAAGAAUGCGGCAUUGGUCCAAUUACUUCUACGAGAGGGGGCUGAUGUAGCUAGGCAGGAUCAUGAUGGCUCAACAGCCCUACAUCUUGCGGUAGAGUCAGGACAGGAGGAUAUUGUGAGUAAUAUUCUGACGAAACCUGUGGAUCGGAAUGCGUCAGACUACUCUGGACGGACGGCGUUAUUCAGGGCAAUAGAAGCGGGGGAUCAUGCAGUCGCAAAACUUCUGUUAGAUUCUGCUUCUGACCCAAACGUAAAGGAUAUUUGGGGAGACACCGCUCUUCAUCUUGCCGUUAAGGCGAACUCAGAAACCUUGACUGCUCUACUUCUUGAGUACGGUGCUCAUAUUGAUCCUUAG